AUGCACUCACCUCCUAGAGACCAGGCUGCCAUCAUGCUCUGGAAACUCGUGGAGAAUGUCAAGUACGAAGACAUCUAUGAGGACCGGCACGAUGGCGUCCCAAGCCAUAGCUCGAGACUCUCUCAGCUGGGCUCUGUGUCCCAAGGCCCUUACUCGAGCGCCCCGCCGCUGUCCCACACGCCAUCAUCGGACUUCCAGCCACCCUACUUCCCACCCCCCUACCAGCCACUACCCUACCACCAGAGUCAAGACCCCUACUCCCACGUCAACGACCCCUACUCCCUGAACCCUCUCCAUCAGCCCCAGCAGCAUCCCUGGGGGCAGCGACAGCGCCAAGAAGUGGGUUCAGAAGCCGGCUCUCUACUGCCCCAGCCCCGGGCAGCCUUGCCCCAGCUUUCGGGCCUUGAUCCCCGAAGGGACUACCACUCUGUCCGGCGGCCAGACGUGCUGCUACAUUCGGCACACCACGGCCUGGACGCCGGCAUGGGCGACAGCCUCUCGUUGCACGGUCUUGGGCAUCCCGGCAUGGAAGAUGUGCAGUCAGUUGAAGAUGCCAAUAACAGCGGCAUGAACCUAUUGGACCAGUCAGUCAUUAAAAAAGUUCCUGUCCCUCCCAAAUCUGUCACUUCUCUAAUGAUGAAUAAAGAUGGCUUCUUGGGAGGAAUGUCAGUCAACACCGGCGAGGUAUUUUGCUCAGUUCCAGGCCGUUUAUCUCUGCUCAGCUCAACUUCAAAAUACAAAGUGACCGUGGGAGAAGUUCAGAGACGGCUCUCGCCCCCUGAAUGCCUCAACGCGUCUCUCCUUGGCGGCGUCCUCAGAAGAGCCAAAUCGAAAAAUGGGGGGAGAUCCUUGAGAGAAAGGCUAGAAAAAAUCGGUUUGAAUUUACCUGCGGGCAGGCGCAAAGCAGCAAAUGUCACCUUACUCACCUCCCUGGUGGAAGGGGAAGCUGUUCACUUAGCUCGGGACUUUGGGUAUAUUUGCGAAACAGAGUUUCCUGCUAAAGCCGUGUCCGAGUAUUUGAACAGACAGCACACGGACCCCAGUGACCUGCACUCCAGAAAGAAUAUGCUUCUGGCCACCAAGCAACUUUGUAAAGAGUUCACGGAUCUGCUGGCGCAGGACCGGACACCGAUCGGGAACAGCCGGCCCAGCCCCAUCCUGGAGCCGGGCAUCCAAAGCUGCCUCACGCACUUCAGUCUCAUCACGCACGGCUUCGGCGCCCCGGCCAUUUGCGCUGCGCUCACGGCCCUGCAGAACUAUCUCACCGAAGCGCUCAAAGGCAUGGACAAGAUGUUCUUGAACAACACCACUAACAGGCACACGUCUGGGGAAGGCCCAGGUAGUAAAACUGGCGACAAGGAGGAAAAACACAGGAAAUGA